AAUAUUCAGAUUCUUGAUAAUCCUAGACAACAUUCUUGGUUUCCACCUGGUCAACCUAUUUCAUACAGGGUUCAGUUGCAACAACCCAGCCAUCCUUUCAUUUCUCUGAGAGGCACUAGUGGCCAGCAGAGCUUCUCUGCAAGGACUAAUUAUUUACACAAUAGAAGGCAGGAGAACAUGAAUAAUGUUCCGCUGGCGCUUUCUUCUUCACAUGAUCCACAAGGGAUGAGGAUGUUCAGCAGUAGGUUGGCAGCAGCCCCACCAAUGCAACGGAGACGGAUGCUUCACGAACGUUUAUUUCCGUUGGUUCACCAACAACAGCCACAUCUUGCUGAGAAAAUUACUGGGAUGUUGAUAGAGAUGGAUUACUCUGAAGUACUACUGUUUUUGGAUUCACCUGAAAGACUUGCGGCAAAGGUGGAUGAAGUUGCUCAAGUAUUGAGACUUUCUUAAACAAGUGGGUGGUCAUGCUUCCUUUCACCAUAACAAUUUUUUUGUCUACGGAGGUUUCUAUAAAUUGAUAGGAAUCAUGAUAUUGAGAGCUGCCAUUCUUCAAGUUUCUCUAUUAGUCUUCUGAUUUUUUUUUUACUUUUUGGUGGGAGAGAAUUCUGCUCCGCUUUGGAUGACAGACAUAGUUGAGGUGUUUUACAGUUUUCAUUUUUGGAUUUUGUUGGUUUUUGCAUGAUUGUUUGAUUUCAGUGGUAAUAUUGAGUUCACUAGUAAUAGUGAGGGUAUUUUUAA